AUGCCGAGCGUCACGCAGCUGCGGAACCCGCACGGGGCCGCGCCCUUCGAGGCCCACGCCUACGUCAACGUCGAGGCCACGGACCUCGUGGAGUCCGCCACGGCGCUGGAGAUGGCCGUGAAGAGGGAAUUCCACCCCGAUAUCGUGCGCGUGCUGCUCUACGAGGCCGGCGCCUCGCUGGCCCGCCCAAGCGGGCUGCUCACCGGCGGCUCGCUUCUCCACCUGGCGGUGGCGCAAGCCAACCCGGUUUAUGUCCAGCUGAUGCUCGAUUGCUAUGCCGAUCCCGACGAGCUGGACGACGAGCACUGCACCCCGCUUUUCCGCGCGUUGCUUUCGCUGAAGGAUAUGAAUUUCGAGGAGCAGCCCCGGAGGUCGGCCCAGCUGACGGGGAAUACGCCCUGCACACGGAAGGACGACUCCGAGUUGGGGCCUUCGUCAAAGUUUGAGGCGACCUUGGAAAUCAUUUCCAUGCUACUCAAGUAUGGCGCGCAGCCUAGCAUGCAGAGCUUUAUUACACUUCAGACGCAGUUUCACAUCGCCGCCGAGCUUGGCCUGCCACCUCGAGUUUUCAAACUAUUAUUUGGUGAUUUGGAGAAGGAUAGCACUAGUCGCGCGAAUGGCACGUAUUCAAACAUCCUGACAAGCAUGCGGAGUCAGGGGAGUGACUCGGCCUCGAUGGAGUGGCGAUAUUUUGGGUCGGAGACGACGCCCAACACGUUUCACGCCGACAAUCCUAACGCGGCGGGCGAAGCCGCUUUUGCGGGUUCAUCCUCAAUACGUCGGCAGCGGCGCCUUAGCCGACAACAUCAACCGCUGGAGAGGUUUUCGGAUGGGCUGGAUGGCUUUUCCGCCUCCGUGAAUGAGAUGCCCGGGAUGAACGCCGGGGGGGGGGACGAUCUCACGAUGCCCAUUGACCAUGGCAUGUCCCGCACCACGCCCACAACGUUAACGUCGACGGGCCGGACUCCCAAGAUUUUCCACUUCACCGAUGUCCCUCUUGCCAUUGGGAAUACCCUGCUGAUGACGGACGCGAAGCUUCGCACGCCUUUGCACUAUCUCUGCGCGCACGCCGACCGAGCCCGACAGCGUUCGGUAUUGCCCACGUUAUUGCGUAUUUUGGCCCUGCCGUCCUCCGAGGCGGGCUCCAGGAGCUCCCGGAAGGACGAGGGACGAACUAGCAAUGGGGGCUCCAGGGCCGUCGGCCGCGAACUCUCCCAAACGAUGUGCCGAAUGGGCGAUUUUGAAGGUCGGCGACCGCUCCAUGCGGCCUGUCGGGCACAUUUUUACGAGGCGGUCCACGCCCUGCUGGAGGUGGACCCGGAGGCCGUUUUCGUGGUCGACGCACACGGCAAUACACCCCUUCACGACUGCGUGUCCGGCAGCUGCUAUGGGUACCUCGACCCGGGCAUGAGGCGCGUUUCGCGCGAUUCCACUGGGAGUCCAGAGGGGAGCGAGAUCGACGGGGCCCCAGGCGAAACCCGCGCCGCGAUCGGCGCGGUCAUCGAGGCCGUCGCGCGUGCCGUUCGCGCGUCCAUCCCACACCCCCUCGAGGGAUUUCCCACGACCCCGGUUUCAUGGACCCAUGAGGUUCUCGAGAAAAGGGACAAGGGAGCAUGGCAUCGCCGCGGCGGCUCUAUCACUUCCGAAGUUGAGCAAUUCAUCGCCCAUUCGCCUUUCUUUAGUUGCCCCUCGGUGCCGAUGCAGUUGGGAUCGCUGUCUAGCGAAGGCGCCGCCAAUAAAGGCGCCAGCUUUGGGCAUUCACGGAGUAAGAGCAUCAUGGUCUCUGAUUGGGCGGCGUAUAUGCAUCUGGAGGAUGGGCAUGGCCGCACGGCUCUACUCCUUGCGGGGGAGAGAGGCGAUACCGUGGCCGCUUCGGCACUUCUGCGUGUGAGCACUGUUAAAUAG